AAUGGACUCCACUGUGAAGCAUGCUGUGGUGGUGAAAGUUAUGGGUCGGACUGGAUCUCGUGGGCAGGUGACUCAAGUUAGAGUCAAGUUUCUCGAUGACCAGAACCGGUUCAUCAUGAGGAAUGUCAAGGGACCAGUGAGGGAGGGGGAUAUCCUUACCUUGCUCGAGUCUGAGAGGGAGGCUAGAAGGUUGCGUUGAUCGGAGAUGGCUCUUGUUUGUUGAUGCUUGAACUUCAAAGUUUUGGUUACUUGCAAGCAACUGGUGUUUAUGAUGGUGAAUGGCAGUUGUGUUGCCAAUCUCUGUUCUUAUUUUUUUUAGUUUAUGUGUCUUGGUAUUUACUAGCAACGUAGACUUGAUUGUUCUGAUGAGAGUUCUUUAUGGAAUCUUGCUAAACUUCUAUGUCGGAAAAAAGCCCUAGGUUUUGUUUGAACGAGUAACAAGUAUUCCUGGUUUCUGUGUCAAAUCUUUGAUUUCCUUCUUCCCUGAGCUCUUGGGUAUUGAGUAACAAAUCUGAUCGGGCGACGAA